CGUCAUUUCCGGAAGGUGGCCUUGCGGAUGGCAGUUUAUCGCCGAGUUAUUCCCGUUCAUAUGUGAAAAUGCUGGUGCUCCGGAGACCCGGCAAGAGGAAUCGUAAAAAAGGACGCGUCCGUGGGGAUUACUUAUAAGCCAGUCUUUCAUCGCCUGGACAAACCCAGAUUUACAUGAACAACCUAAUGAUGUGAAGCGUGAGCUUGGCAGCCGGCUUAGGCAGCGAUCAUUAACUUCUACGAAAUGCCCCGUCUGGAGGAUAUCGCAAACGUCGCACUAAGGGUGCCCAGCAUCUUGGUGCUGGACCUGCUGUACAAAUGUGACAUGGACAGCUUCACGGAGCACCUCAGGGCCAGAAACGAAGACAUGCUGUUUAAAUACAAAUAUGUGGUGUGGAAUAUGUAUUAUGUCGGCCACCUGAUCAGCGUGGUGCUGCUGGCCCUCCCCCUGAGGCACAUAGUGGGGCUUUACCUGUAUGUCCUGACAGCCCUGCUGCUCUACAUGGGACACCAGAUCUCCAGAGAUUAUGUGCGUGGAGAGGUGCAAUAUGGGUACGAUGGUGCUGUCUAUCUUGAUUCUUUGGCUUUCAACCGUUUUGUCACCGCACUCACAAGCCAGAUCAUCCUGAGCACACUGUGUGCCUUCCUCAUGAGGACCAGGCAGGUGUGGCUCUUCUCUGCUCACCUACUCCCUCUGCUGGCACGGCUGUGCACUGUGUCCCACUCCACACUGGUUACAGUCAGCUCCUUCGCCAUGGUCCUCACGGGCAUUGAGGCAGCCAUCUUCCUCCUCUCCAACUUCUUUGUGCCCUAUCACCUGGCUCAGACGUUGUACAGGGAGUUCCAGCAGCUGGAGGCAAUUGAACUGUACAGGCUGCUUGCUGUGGGAAUCUCCCUGUGGAACCAGUUUGCUGUUCCUACGCUCUUCAGCGUCUUCUGGUUUGUGCUGUUCCUAGUCCAGAUAUACACGUAUGCCACAGCCAGCAAUAACUUUGUCAGCCACCAGGGGGUGCUGUUUGUGUUGCUUACCAGCGUCUCCGAAUGCUGUGCCACACCCUACUCCCUGCUGGGCCUCACCUUCGUGGUGUCCUACCUGGCGCUGGGCCUGCUAAACCUCUGCAAGUUCUACCUGGGGGGCUACGCAGCCGUGCAGAAUGAGAACGUCAUGCACAGAGGUGUGACAGAGGGGGUGACCCUACUCCUGUUAGCCCUCCAGACCGGCCUCCUGGACAUGCAGGUGUUACAGCGUACCUUCCUCCUCAGCAUCAUCCUCUUCAUCGUGGUCACUUCCACCCUGCAGUCCAUGAUAGAGAUCACCGACCCCAUCAUAUUAGCCUUGGGAGCAUCUCGAAACAGGAGCUUCUGGCGGCAUUUCAGAGGCCUCAGCAUGUGUCUCUUCUUAUUAAUCUUCCCGGGGUUCAUGGCUUAUAAGAUUUCGCAGUUCUUCCAUAUGGACUUUUGGCUGCUUAUCCUGGUGUCCAGCUGCAUGCUGACCUCCCUACAGGUGACUGGUACCCUGCUGAUCUACUCGCUCUUCAUGGUGGAGCUGGUGCGGCAGGACCCAAUCGAGAGCCUGGACGAGAUCAUUUACUGCGUGAACGCGGUGAGCCGCGUUCUGGAGUUCCUGGUAGCGCUGUGCGUGGUCGGCUACGGCACCUGGGAGUCGCUGUUCGGCGAAUGGAGCUGGAUGGGUGCCUCCGUCAUCAUCAUCCACUCCUACUUCAACGUCUGGCUGCGCGCCCAGUCUGGCUGGAGGAGCUUCCUGCUACGCCGGGAGGCUGCCAAGAAGAUCAACUCCCUGCCCCGGGCUUCUGCGGAGCAGCUGCGCCACCUCAAUGACGUUUGCGCCAUCUGCUUCCAGGAGAUGAAUUCUGCCGUGGUCACACACUGUGGCCACUUCUUCCAUGGAAAUUGUCUGCGCAAGUGGUUGUACGUCCAGGAGACCUGCCCAAUGUGCCAUCAACCUAUCAAACCCACCAUGUCUUCCCCAUCUACGGGCAAGGCCCAGCCAGAGGAUGAAGCCCCAGCUACCCCAGCGGAGAGUAGGAAUGGGGCAUGUCCAGCACAUGACCUUGAAAAUCAAGCUUCUAGGGCAACAGUUGGUCCAGAGCAGGCUCCCCAGUGUUCUAUGAAUCAGCUGCCAGAGGAAGUUGGUACAAGGGGAGAAGACCUCAAUACUUUGGGUGACCAGGAAGUAUCAUGUGACCCUAAAAAAUUAUCUUCGGAUCUCUGCCUCAGCCAUAGUGAAGACAUUGUGGGUUUUACUGACUCAGGAGAAUUGCCUGUCACAGGGGGCUUGAGUGUAGAACCGUUGAGGAAAUCCUGCGAGGAUGCCUUCCUGGAUGGCAGAAGUGGUCUAGGUGUACCUGGCAUGCAUCCUGUCGAAAUGGCAGGUGGGAUACAGCCAGAGGGAAGUCGCUUCUCUGAGACCCUGAAAAACAGGCCUGAUGGAUUAUCAAGGUCCUUCAACAGCCAAAAAAAUGAAGAGGAUGGAUGGGAAAGAAGAGGUUCUCUGGUGGAAGCUGGUCAUGAUGGCCUUGAUUUGAGUGAGCCACUCCAUGAUGAGAAGACCGAUCAGGUUUUGGCUCAAAAGAGUACCCUUGAGGGUGGCACCUUGAUUGUCAUCGACAGCCAAGGACGAUUCACUGCCAGAGGCUCUGCGGGCCCGUCUGUGAGACCUAAUGAUGGGGGCACCAGCAAAGGGGUGAGCCCAGAGUGCAGCAGUGCCUCAUAGCAACCAGUGGAAGCUCCAGCCAACAUCCCAAACACGAAUGCCUUUUGUACAGGACAGAGUCUUUGAAUGUGUUGCCUUUACUCAUUAAAACUUUACUUAUAUCUGGCCAAUUUGUCCAGACAUUUGUGUUGCUCAGAGAAAUGGGGAAAUUCCCUAGGUAUAUAUAAUAGUGAAGAUACCACCAAUCAUGGUUUACUUGAAACAGUCCUGAACAAACUAAAUACAAUUUUGGACAUGCUGUAGAACUAAGCCACUUUUACAUAGCAUAUAAAUUCAGAUUGGUACUGUUUGAUUAAUCUGUAUCCGUGAUCUUUUCUACGUUCCUUAUUUUGCCAUUGUGACUUUUUUUACAUUUUGUUCAACAUUGUUCUACAUUUAAUCAAGUCUUUAAAAACAAAUUAAUAGGAUCAUUGCGUUUCAUUUUUUUUCCAGAUUGCAAUAAGAUAUAGUAGCAUUCUUUUAAUUUUUGAGUUUUGUUAAAUGCUAUAUUUUUUGUUUUUCCAAAGCCAAUUCUUAGUUUAGAUGUAGUAUGUUGUAUGCUCUCUGGGUGUUAUGCAUCCAUUUUUUGUUGGACUUAUGAAUGAUUGAUUUUGGUAUGUUUGGUACAAGUCUGCCUUUAAAAGCACAAAUAUUACCAAGGAAACCUCGGGUGAAGUGGAGCUUGCCGUCUCAGAACUGUGAUGUACUACAAAAAAAGGAAAAAAAAAUCCUAUGACUAUAAACAGUACAACCAUA